ACGGCGGGGAUUGAUUGAGUUUUGAGGGGGGACAGCGAAUUUGAGGUUUCAUUUUCAUUUAAGCUGAAUUUGGAUUUCAUUUUCAGGGACUCCGUCUUUCCACUUCCCUUUUUAAAACAAACAGCGCGGGUAAAGCUCCCCUCGGUCCCUCUCUCAUUCAUUCCCCCAUUCCCAUUCCAUUCAUUGCUUUCCUCAGGAAGAGAGAGAGAGAGAGAGAGAGAGAGAGAGAGUGUGUGUGUUUGGGAAGGAGGAGAAACGAAGCGUUGAUCUCGUCGUUCUCCAUCGUUCAAAAGGUACGGUUUCGUUCGAACUCGACGAUCGCAACAGCCUCCGUCAACCUUCUGAGUGAAGCUUCAUCCGCUGAAGACAUAGUUUGCCACACAAAGGAUUGUUUUGGGGCAACAUCUUCUAUUUUAACAAACACAUUCUUGAGUUUUCUGCAGCAAACAUUAAAACAUGGCAGAAUCCGAGGAUAUCCAGCCCCUCGUUUGCGAUAAUGGAACUGGAAUGGUUAAGGCUGGAUUUGCGGGAGAUGAUGCUCCAAGAGCUGUGUUCCCUAGCAUUGUGGGACGUCCUCGCCACACUGGGGUGAUGGUUGGGAUGGGCCAAAAGGAUGCCUAUGUUGGAGAUGAAGCUCAAUCAAAGAGAGGUAUUUUGACACUGAAAUACCCAAUUGAGCACGGUAUUGUUAGCAACUGGGAUGACAUGGAGAAAAUUUGGCAUCAUACCUUCUACAACGAACUCCGUGUGGCCCCUGAAGAGCAUCCUGUCCUCCUGACUGAAGCACCUCUUAACCCCAAGGCCAAUCGUGAGAAGAUGACCCAAAUUAUGUUUGAGACCUUCAACACUCCCGCCAUGUAUGUUGCUAUUCAGGCUGUCCUGUCGCUUUACGCUAGCGGUCGUACAACUGGUAUCGUUCUGGAUUCUGGAGAUGGUGUGAGCCACACAGUCCCCAUCUACGAAGGCUAUGCCCUGCCCCAUGCCAUCCUCCGUCUUGACCUUGCAGGUCGUGACCUCACCGAUGCCCUAAUGAAGAUCUUGACUGAGCGUGGCUAUUCCUUCACCACCACAGCAGAGCGGGAAAUUGUAAGAGACAUGAAGGAGAAGCUCGCAUACAUUGCCCUCGACUACGAACAGGAGCUUGAGAUGGCCAAGACCAGCUCGGCGGUGGAGAAGAGCUACGAGCUGCCUGACGGGCAGGUCAUCACCAUUGGGGCAGAACGGUUCCGCUGCCCUGAAGUGCUGUUCCAGCCUUCCAUGAUCGGGAUGGAAUCAGCAGGCAUUCACGAGACCACAUACAACUCCAUCAUGAAGUGCGACGUCGAUAUCAGGAAGGACUUGUACGGUAAUAUCGUCCUCAGUGGUGGUUCCACCAUGUUCCCGGGUAUUGCUGACAGGAUGAGCAAGGAGAUCACAGCCUUGGCACCGAGCAGCAUGAAGAUCAAGGUGGUGGCACCGCCCGAGAGGAAGUACAGUGUCUGGAUCGGAGGUUCCAUUUUGGCAUCCCUCAGCACUUUCCAACAGAUGUGGAUUGCAAAGGCCGAGUAUGACGAGUCUGGUCCAUCGAUUGUUCACAGAAAGUGCUUCUGAUCGGAGCAAGCGGGAACUUGAAAACAAAAUCUAUACCGAACCUUCGUUCUCCAUUUUUUUUCUUCCCCUUACUUUUAACUAUGGAAAAUGAUUUUAUUUGCAGAGUAUUUUUCAUUCUGAUUCUUUUGUGCUGGUGUGGCAUUGAUGGAGGCGCAAAUUAUGCUUAUGAUUCAUUUUUCUUCUCUUUAUUACACCAUUCUUAUGAUAGAAAGAGCUUUGGUUUAUUAUUA